AUGAUCAGGAUCUUCCCGGAUUUCAGCGUCCAGGUGACAGCCUCGGCCGGAGGAGCCGGGGCUGGAGGCGGGGGAGGAGGCGGUGGAGGCGGUGGGAUGGUGACCGGACCCCCGGUGGGCCGGGUGCCGGUGCCGGUCCCCGGAGCCACGAACGGGACCCCGCAGAGCGUGCAGGGAAUCACCGCCUACCAGCAAAGUGACCCCUACUGGGAGCGGCCAGCUAAUGCAGGCAGCUGCUCCGCCGCCCGGCCCAAGACCCUUCACCUGGCCGGCCAGCAGCAUACCUCCUCACCAUGGCUGCAGGCUCUGAGGAAGGAGAAGUCACGUGAUGCAGCGCGAUCGCGGCGGGGAAAAGAGAACUUUGAGUUUUACGAACUGGCCAAAAUGCUGCCGCUGCCGGGCGCCAUCACCAGCCAGCUGGACAAGGCCUCCAUCAUCCGGCUCACCAUCAGCUACCUGAAGAUGAGGGACUUCGCCAACCAGGGGGACCCGCCGUGGAAUCUGCGCAUCGAGGGACCGCCGCCCAACACCUCUGUCAAAGCUAUCGGUACCCAGCGGAGGAGGAGUCCCAGCGCCGUUGCCUCGGAGAUCUUCGAACCUCACCUGGGCAGCCACAUUUUACAGUCUCUGGACGGGUUUGUAUUUGCACUAAACAAGGAGGGACGCUUCCUCUACAUCUCUGAGACGGUCUCCAUCUACCUUGGACUGUCACAGGUGGAGCUGACUGGCAGCAGUGUGUUCGACUACAUCCACCCAGGCGAUCAUGUAGAAAUGGCAGAGCAGCUUGGCAUGAAGCUUCCUCCAGGCCGAGGGAUGUCUCUGUCCCAGGGAACCGUCAACGAAGACGGGGCGUCCUCAGCUUCAUCGUCGUCUCACUCUGAGACUCCUGAACCAGUGGAGUCCAGCAGUCCCAGUCUUCUGGCUCCUGAUAACUCUCUGGAACGAUCCUUCUUCAUCCGGAUGAAGUCGACGCUCACAAAGAGAGGAGUGCACAUCAAGUCCUCAGGAUAUAAGGUGAUUCACAUCACGGGGCGUCUGCGGAUCAGGAUGGCUCUGACGCACAGCCGCUCGGUGCCCAAUCAGAUCAUGGGGAUGGUCGUCGUGGCUCACGCCCUCCCGCCCCCCACCAUCAACGAGGUUCGCAUCGACUGUCAAAUGUUCGUCACCCGAGUCAACAUGGACCUCAAGAUCGUCUACUGUGAGAACAGAAUCAAUGACUACAUGGACCUGACUCCGGUGGACAUCGUGGGGAAGAGGUGCUACCAGUUCAUUCAUGCUGAAGACGUGGAGGGAAUCAGACAGAGCCACCUGGACUUGAUGAAUAAGGGUCAGUGUGUGACUAAGUACUACCGCUGGAUCCAGAAGAAUGGAGGUUACAUCUGGAUCCAGUCCAGUGCCACCAUCGCUAUCAACGCCAAGAACGCCAGCGAGAAGAACAUCAUCUGGGUCAACUAUGUCCUCAGUAACCCAGAGUAUAAAGAUACGCCCAUGGACAUCGCCCAGCUGCCAAACCUGCCCGAGAAAACCUCUGAAUCCUCCGAAACCUCUGACUCUGAGUCCGAGUCCAAAGAAAACUCCGACAAUGAGAACACCAAGUCUGAGGGCAAGCCGGGGCACCAAUCAGAACGCAGCGAGGACCCGGAGACAGACAGCAAGCGUCAGCAGCAACCUGGCCAAUCACACUGCUCCUCUGAACAGGAAAUGAAACGCCAGGAAGAAGGAGACAGCUCGAGUAACCCUGAGAGCCAGGACAGCGACGACAGUCUGGAACCUUCAGAUGGAGAGGGAGAGGAACAGGAGGAGUCCAGGGGAGGAGGAGGAAGGAUAGGGAGGUUAGCAGGACUGGGAGGGUUAGGGGGGCUGAGCGCCAUUGGAGGACUUGGUAAUCUGGGUGGGCUUCAUAUUAAAGUGGAGCACUAUGGAGAAGGGGAAGAAGUACAGCUGCACAACUCGCAAACUUCAUCAUCGGAGGAGGAAGAAGAGGAGGAUGAGGAAGAGGAAGAGGAUGGAGGUGUGCAAGAGUGCGACACUGCCAAUGCUGGAAACAAGCUCCAGAAGAGGCGGAAGAGGAGGAAAGUGCAGAAGUGGGAUGGAUCACGAAGUAGGAGGCUCCGUCUGUCCUCAACUACGCCCAGCCCCGUUGCCAUAGGAGAUACCACACCUCUGGUUGACCCCUCCCAGGCCACGUCUGCCACCUCCGCCCACCUCCUCACCUCCUCCGCCUCCCCAAACAGCGCAGGUGCAACAUCCUCGGUCUUGAAAAUCAAGACCGAGAUGGCAGAACCGAUCAACUUUGACAACGACAGCAGCAUCUGGAACUACCCGCCCAACAGAGAGAUUUCCAGAAAUGAGUCUCCAUACAGCAUGACCUCCAAGCCGGCUGCUCCAGGAGCCCACGAGACCUUCCCCUCACCCCAGGGAGGAUCUCUCCAGGUAUCCAUCCCCGACUCUGUCCUGACUCCUCCAGGAAAUGAGGGAGGAGCUGGAGGAGUGAGGAAGCCUCCUUACAAUGGAAGUUCUGCCCCGUCUUCUGCUUCCAGUGCUGCAAGUUUAGCGCCUCCCUCCAGCGCCUCCUCUGCGGACCCACUGUCUCCUCCUCUCUCUGCCUCCCCACGGGACAAGCAGCAAGGCACUCCCACCACCUCCUCUUCUUCUUCCUCCUCCUCAUCGUCCUCCUCUUCCUCAUCAACCUCCUCCUCAUCACUGCUGUAUUCUGGUGAUCUUGAGGCCCUACAGCGUCUGCAGGCUGGUAACGUGGUGCUCCCACUGGUCCACCGGGUCACGGGGACUCUGGCCCCCACCAGCACGACAGCUCCGCGGGUCUACACCACCGGGACCAUCAGGUACGCGCCAGCGGACGUCACCCUGGCCAUGGCGCAAGGUAACCUUCUUCCUAAUGCUGCCAUGAACUUUGUUGACAGCUCGGGGUUCGGCCUCGACCCCAAGACGCCGAUGGAGAUGCUCUACCACCACGUCCACAGGCUCAAUAUGUCGGCAGCAGCCGCCGCCGGCCCGUUUGUCGGAUCUCCGUCGGCCACAGGUGGGAACGCCACCCUGGGAGGCCAGAUGCCAACGGCAGCCAACGUUUUCACAACAGCAGAGGGACUUUUCUCAACACUACCGUUCCCAGUGUACAGCAAUGGGAUCCACACCACGCAGACAACUCUGGAGAGGAAGGAGGAUUAA